AUGCACAAAGCACAUCGUCAGGCUCGCCAACGACAACUUCAAGAAGAAGAAUUGCUUCGGGAAAUCCAUUACAGACAAUCAUUGCCCACCGUAACGAGGAAAGAUCUUUACAGUAAUGGAUCAAAAAAGUUUGGAUUAAUUGUGGCAUCUCCAUCCUGCUCAUCAUCCUCAUCGGAAGAACCUAAUUUUUUGUGUGAUGAUGAAAAUAAUGAUGAUGAAAAUACUGAAAAUAGCAGUAAUGAUGAUUAUGAAAUGAAAAUCAGUUCAUUGCCUGAUUUUAUUCUACAGAAACAUGAUAUGAAAAAUUUGGAAUGUUCUGGAUCAUCCACAAAUGAAAUGAAUCCUACUGAAACGAUCGUGAGACUCCAAUGUCGAGUACAUUCCAAUAGAGGAAGUGGCAAAUUACACUUUUUGAUCCUUCGAGAGGGUAUUCAUUUCGUGUUGGCCACUUUGUUUACAACGGAUAAAGAAAUGAUUCAUUUUGUGAAAAAGAUUACUCCAGAAUCGAUUGUUGAAGUGUUUGGAAAAGUAUGUACGGCAGAAAAUGAAAUUACAGAACGGGUAAUUUCUGGAAAGUUCAAAACGAUGGAAAUCAAAAUUGAGAGGAUUUAUAUCUUGUCGUUGGCAAGGGGAUUACCCUUCACUGUUCAAGAUUACAUGGUCCAGAAUUUCAAAAAUCAGAAAACAUCAUUUGUGAAAAAUGUUUCAACGGAAAACCAAAUUUCAAACACACAACUGUUGGACCAUCGAGUGAUUUCGUUGAGAAUACCUUGUCAGCUCGCAAUUUUCAAAAUUCAAUCAAGUGUUACCAAAUACUUUCGUCAAUUUAUGGAGCAAUUAGAGUUUGUUGAAAUUCAUACCCCUAAAUUAUCAACAUGUCAACGGCCAUAUCAAGGGAGAGAUUUAAUGAAAGUCUAUGAAGUAGGUCCAGUUUUUCGUAAAGAUGCAGGAACUACCUAUCGACACUUGACAGAAUUUACUAGUUUAGAUUUUGAAAUGGUCAUUCAGUCACAUUAUUUAGAAAUCAUUCAUCUGGUAGAAAAAUUAUUGAACUCGAUACUAACACGUCUUGAAACUGAAAUGGCACAAGAAUUGACACUGAUACGGCAGGAACAAGAAGAUGAUGAUUCAGAAAAAUUAUUAUCAAUCUCUUCGACAUCAAUAGUCACCAAUCAUGAAAGGACAUGCUUGGUCAUUUCCUAUCACGAAGCCAUAGCAUUACUCAACAAUUAUCGACAAGAACACCAAAAUCCAUUGGAAGAAAUAUUUCUACCUCAAUAUGGCCUUUCGACACAUGACACACAGAAAUUAUCUCAAAUCAUUCGUGACACUUUUCAUAGAGAUUUAUUCAUUUUGUAUCGUUUUCCUUCAAGUUUGAAAUCAUAUCAUGUCAUGAAACCUCCAUCAAUCAUGGAGGAAGAAUCCAUGCAUAACCGUUUGUCUAAUUCAUUUGAAGUUUAUCUCAGAGGACAAUGUAUUGGAUCUGGAUAUCAAUCGAUUCAUGAUCAUGACAUGUUGAAGAAGGAGUGUGAAAAGUGUAAUGGAAUGGAGUGGUGCAAUUUGGAUUAUUUAAAGUAUGGAACAUGGCCUCAUGCUGGCUGCAGUUUUGGCUUGGAAAGAUUUGUAAUGGCCUAUCUAGGUUUGGGAAAUGUUAGAAGGUCAAGCUUAUUCCCAAGAGAUUCACAUAGAAUGACGCCUUAA